GCCGAGCCCUACCGCCUGGCCACUCACGAGACUCCAACUUCCCCCCGACACAUGCAGUCCAGCCAGGGGUCUGGUCAUGGGAUGGGUCACGGUCCUGCCGGAUCCAGUAUGGGAGGCCAUGGAGGUCAGAGUCCUGGUCAGCACGCAUCCCGUCGAAACCUCCAGGUCGACUUCAGUGGCUCCAGGACCGGCCGGUCUCCAUCGGUGUCUCCUGACCGCGGCGUAACGCCCACCUCACCUUACUCGGUGCCACAGAUCGCGCCCAUGCCGAGCAGCAAACUGUGCCCAGUGUGCACCUCCACAGAGCUGUCCAACCCACCGGCUGUACCCAACUACAACACCUGCACCCAGUGUAAGGCCACCGUCUGUAACCAGUGUGGAUUCAACCCCAACCCACACCUCACUGAGGUCCAGGAGUGGUUGUGUCUAAACUGUCAGAUGCAGAGAGCUCUUGGCAUUGAUAUGACCACGCCUCGCUCUAAGAGCCAACAGCAGAUUCACUCUCCAUCCCACCAAGCCAAACCCAUUGUCCAGCCUCAGCAGCCCGCACCUCAGCCAACACAGCCGGCAGCAGCAGCAGCACAGCCCAAACCUCUGGCACAGAGUCAGCCCACCCAGCGACAGCAGCAGCAGCAACAGCAGCAUCCUCAGUCUCAGCCCUACGGCCAGACGCAGCCCUAUUCCCAGUCACAGCCAUACUCCCAGUCCCAGCAGUAUCCCCAGUCUCAGUCUCAGACUUACCCAUCAUCCCAGCCGGGGCCGCAGACUCAGCCUCACGCCUCCCCAGGCUUACAGAGACACCCAGGCCCUGGCGGCCCCCAGAAUCAGACAGUGCCCUCUCAGCAGGGCAUGAGGUCUGACCCGUACUCCCACAGAGGUCCUGGAGCUCCAGGGGCUGUCGGAGGGCCUACAGGAGGCCUCAAUCAACCUGGGGGUCCAAGGAUUCCCCACCCUGGUGCUGUGCCACUGCCUGGUUUGACAAAAGCGCCUUCCCAGCCUGAUUUGGGUCGUGGUUCUCCGAUGCAUCAGCCAAUGGCUCGACACCACGACCAGACCAGAAGUGCCGGCUCCUCGCCGGCCCACAGACCUCAAAGUCAGGCACCUCCUCCUGCCCAGGACGGCCUGACCAAACUGUUUGGCUUUGGAGCAUCGCUGCUCAAUCAGGCGAGUACCCUGAUCAGUGUUGACCCUCUGCCCACCGCCUCUACCCAGCCAAGCCCUGCACGAGGCAAGGUGGUGUUCAGCAAUGCAACUCCUGAAAACAGGCAGCAGCAACAGCAAGGGACAGCUGGCACUAAACCAUUAGGGAUGGGGGGCCCUCAUGCUCCAACUCAAAUGGGAGGCCCUCAUCCACCGGGCCAAAUGGGGGCUGCUCAUGCACCGAGCCAAAUGGGGGGUCCUCAUGCACCGAGCCAAAUGGGAGGCCCUCAUCCACCGGGCCAAAUGGGGGCUGCUCAUGCACCGAGCCAGAUGGGAGGCCCUCAUCCACCGGGCCAAAUGGGGGCUGCUCAUGCACCGAGCCAAAUGGGGGGUCCUCAUGCACCGAGCCAAAUGGGGGGUCCUCAUGCACCGAGCCAAAUGGGGAGUCCUCAUGCACCGAACCAAAUUGGAGGUCAUCGUGCACCAAGCCAAAUGGGAGGUCCCAAAAUGGGUGGACCACAUGGGCCAACUCAGAAGCAACAACAGCAGACCAUGCCCUAUCAACAAGGAAUGCCGCAACAGCAGUCACCCGCCCAUCAUCAAAAGGGGCAGCAAGGACAGCCACAACCACAAGGUUUACAUCAGCAAACACCCCCUCAUCUGCAGAAAGCUCAGCAGAAGCAGCAGCCUGUGGCGGCCCCUGUGCCCGCUCCAGAACCCGUGAAGCCGAAAGUGAACUGUCCUCUUUGCAAAACGGAGCUGAACAUUGGCAGCUCUGACCCACCCAACUACAACACCUGUACACAGUGUCAAAGCCAAGUGUGUAACCUGUGUGGCUUCAACCCUACACCACAUCUGGUGGAGAAAAAGGAGUGGUUAUGUCUCAACUGUCAGACCCAGCGGCUGAUGUCUGGAGGCAGUCUUGACGAUCCACCCCUACCUGUUCCUCAUCCGUCUCCCAAGCACCAGCCAAUGGGCUCGCCCCGUCACCAGGUGCCAACCAGCCAGCAGAGCCCUCUCCACAAACCUGCCAAUCAGCAAGGGCUCAAGACAGGCCAGGCCCAGAAAUCGCAGACAGGAACUGGCAGUGGCGGACCAUUUGCACCCACUGCCGCCAAACAACUGACCGACACCAAGACCACCACACCAGCUACGGCACCGGUACCGACCAAGGACACCCAACAACAACCAAAACCCACAGAGACAAAGCCCAAGUCGGAGUCUGAGAACCAAACUCCCAAAGAGAACAAAACCUCCCAGAAGAAAGGAGAGCCGAUGACACCAAUCAAGGAAAUUAAGAAGUCCAGGCACUAUGAUGAUACAAAAAGCAGCAGUACCCAGGACUUGUCACGCAGCCCCCAGAGCCUCAGUGACACCGGCUACUCAUCUGACGGCAUCUCCAGCUCCCAUAGUGAAAUUACAGGUCUAAUCCAAGAAGAGGAGAUGAAACUCAGCGAAAGGGGAAUCAGUGGGCGGGGCUCACCGCCAAGUCCCUCUGAAAUUACCAAGCUAGAGAGUUCCAUGAGGCCUUUGCUGGAGAAGAGUCUCUCUGAAGAGAAGGGAGACAGAAGGGGAAGAAAGCACAGAGACAGAGAUUUGGAUGACAGAGGAAAGCAGCGCCCACGCUCCCUGUCAAUCCCACCAGAUGCAUAUGACUCUGAUGAGGAAUUAGAGGACAUAAUGGAGGAAGAAGAAGAUGGAGGAGACUGGGAGAGUAAACGAAAGGAAGGAAAGGAGGAGAAGAAGGAGAAGAAAAAGAAGGAAAAAGAGGCUGAACCCACAGAAAUGACUGAUGAGGAGUUCAUGCGGAGACAAAUAAUGGAGAUGAGUGCGGAUGAAGAAAAUGAGGAGGAGGAAGAGAUGGAGGAAGAGGAGGACGAGGAAGAUGAAGGAUAUGGCUACCAGAAACCCAAGAAAGGCCACCCUAAGCACAUCAUCUCUGACUCAGGGAAAGAGAAGAGACGCCUUCAGCACCACUCCAGCAGUUUUGAGGAAGAAACUAAGAGCUCUACUGAUGUUUAUAAAGGCUCAGUGGAGGAAGGUGAGGAAGAUGUGAUGGCAUCACAAGGAGGCCUGAGGCGCUUUAAAACCAUUGAACUCAAUAACACCAAUAGCUACAGCAGAGACAUGGACCUGAGCAGUGAAAAUGAUCUGAGCCUUGAUCGGGAACCCGAGCUAGAGAUGGAGAGCCUGACAGGAUCUCCUGAAGAACGUUCUCGUGGUGACUACUCAUCCACUCUGCCACCCACUUCAUCCUCAUAUGGCUCUGGCCAGUCUCCUACUUCCAUUUCAUCAAUGGAAGAGGACAGUGACAGUAGCCCCAGUCGGAGACAAAGACUGGAAGAGGCCAAGCAGCAAAGGAAAGCUCGCCACCGCUCCCAUGGCCCACUCCUUCCCACCAUUGAAGAUUCUUCAGAAGAGGAUGAACUGAGAGAGGAGGAAGAACUUCUUCGAGAGCAGGAGAAGAUGAGGGAGGUAGAACAACAAAGAAUAAGGAGCACAGCACGAAAGACCAAGAGGGAUAAGGAAGAGCUGAGGGCUCAGAGGCGCAGAGAGAGGUCCAAGACACCACCUAGCAAUCUCUCACCCAUUGAAGAUGCUUCUCCAACAGAAGAACUGAGACAAGCUGCAGAAAUGGAGGAGCUCCAUCGCUCCUCUGCUUCUGAGUAUUCCCCUCAGAGUUUGGACUCAGAGGCUGAGGGAUAUGAGUCCAAACUUUACAAAUCAGGCAGUGAGUACAACCUCCCCACCUUUAUGUCUCUUUACUCACCAGUCGAGAAAUCAUCAACAACAACAACAACAACUACCACGGCACCAUCCUCAACUUCCAAACCCCUAAAGAGUGCUGAAGAAGUUUAUGAGGAGAUGAUGAGAAAGGCAGAGAUGCUUCAAAAACAACAGAAACAACAACAGCAACAGCAUCAACAACAAGGACGGCAUGGGCAGUACUAUGAGGAGGAUAUAAAUGGACAAGGUUAUGAUGAUGAGGAUGAAUAUGAACAAGAACAAACAGGAUAUGACAAUGAGGCAGCAGAGACAGAAACUGAUAUUUAUGAGGAGAUCCGGCAAACAUCGCAAAACAUCACCAAGAUGCAGCAGGCCACUGAUGAGCAAGUAGAGAUUGCAAUUGAGAGCUCCUACCCAGAGAAACAGCUCCUAGACACAGGCUCAGCCUUUGCUAAGCUGCUGGAGCAGAGCAAUGCUCUAUUGACCCCAGGCACCAGCCCCACCCAGAUCUCUGCUCCUGUCUCCUUUGCUGAAAGUGGAGCACGAAUCCCAGAUGUUCGAGUAACACAGCACUUUUCUGCAAAGGAUGGACACAAAGAUAGGAUCAAAACCCAAGCAGGAAAGAAUGGAAUAACCCCCACAGUGGCUGCCACCACUAUUGCAGCUUAUGGAGUUUAUGCCAGAGAUGCAGUAACUAUUUCGCAGACUAGUUCAAGCCAGACUAUGACAUCUACUCAGUCUGGAAUAUAUGGCCGACCCACAGCAGGUCCUGCCACAUCCUCAGCUACAGUUUCAAGCGUAUGCAGCAAGAUUGCAGAGAUUACCCAAGCCUACAGUCAAAGAGAGGUGAUCACAAGGAGGGUAGGGGAUACCAGGGGUGUCCAAGUGCGAGACAGCUCAACAUCCUCCACUGAGAGAAUUAUUGAGCCACGUUCUCCCAAGUAUACAACUUAUUACAGAAGCACCAGUCCUCCUCUGUCUCCCUCACCACCACCACAGAGUCCCACUCGGUCACCUUCGAGAAGGAAUACAGCUGAGUUUUCCACACAGACAUUCAGUUCAGAAUUGCGAAUGGAUUCAGCUGGAUCUGGGCCCACAUCUCCAGUGAUGGCUCAGGGCACCCAAACAUCACAUCGAGCAGUUUCCCCGCGGCUGUAUCGACAGCAGUCUUCCCAAGAUGCCCCAUAUUCCCCACCUCCAAGCCCGGCUAGACCAAUGACAGUCAACACUGCAACUUCUCCUCUGUCUUCGCCCACUCGAUUUAGCCGCCAAUCAACAUUUGACACCUACUCCCCUUGUGGCAGCCCCCCAGACACGCCACCUUACCAACAUUCUCCUGACCGCAGCUUCUACCGAACACAAAGAGUGGAGAAAGUAAAUGUGGGAACAAGUAUGGUCACCACAACCAGCACUUACACCAGAGGAUCAGUGUCAAUGGAUAACAUCUCCCUCUGUCGAAUAUCUACUGUACCAGGUACUUCAAGGGUAGAGCAGGGCCAUAUGAUACAAGGUGGAAGUGUUGUGGACCUCAGAACAGCCACCAAACCGGCCCCUAUUAUAAUGACUGACCAAGGAAUGGAUCUUACCUCAUUAGCCACUGAAAGCAGGAAAUACCAUGGUGGAUCAGAGGGUAGCAGACAUUCAACAAUUGUACAGCCACUGAUAAUGAACCUGAACACCCAGGAGACCACCACACCAACCACUGUGAGUGUCACUGUGGCUGCUUCAAUGUUCAUGAUCCAGCCUAAACAGCCAGCAGUCUAUGGUGACCCACAUCAAAAUCUAAUGGAUCUGGGCCAGGGCAUGGGUUCGGCUGUGUGUCUUUCACAGAACAAACCACAAAUUUCACCUCCAACUGACCCAUCAAUACCAAAAAUUGAUGCCAAACUGGAAGACCUCAGUAUCCAACAGAGAGAGCUUCAACUACAACAAGAGAAGCUCCAGAAGCAACAAGAGAUCCUUGAGCAGCAGUUGCAUCAGCACCAUCAGAUGCAACAGCAUCAGCAACAAGCAUCAGCUUUAGCCAGGUACAACCUUACCGGCCAGAUCUCACCAUUAAUUAAAAAAGACAUGCUAGUCAGCCAGACAAGCACAACCUCAGCUGUGGUCAGUGCAGUAUCACCAGCCGUUAACGCUGAACUGUAUGGCACUGGUCCCAUUGAGCUGAAAGGGAAGCCCAGUCCUCCUGGUAUGAUGUCAGGUGGUAAAUCACCACAUAGCAUGGUAGUACAGAUGGAUGGAGGACCAGAGCAGGUCAGGGCAGUAACUCAGCUAGUGCAAGUAGAAGAAGGACAGGAUGCGCUGGAGCAGACUGGUGGCCAAAUUAAACCUGACAACCAACCAGCUUGCUGUGAUGUUGUUUACAGACUUCCAUUUGGUGGAAGCUGUGUUGGUGUUUCUGAGAAAGAGGGCAUAAGGCCUCCCUCUGCCCCACCUCUCACAUAUGAGUCUGACCAAGAAAGACAACCUGUAAGGUAUGAUGAGUAUCCAAUGGAUGGACGUAAAGCUUACACAUUACCUUUCCCUGGUAAGCUCCAGCCUUCAAUGUCUGAUACAAAUCUAGCUGAAGCUGGGCUACAGUCUUACCAAUCCAAACUAGAACAACACCUCCAAGGUACAGGAGAACUUGCCAUAGAUUUAACUGCCAUGAAACACGGGUAUGGAGGGUAUAUAGGGAUGCAGUAUGGCUCCUACACAGAUUUACGUCACGGAGGAGACAUAACAGCCCAAACACUGCCUAUAAGGAGAUAUAAUUCAUUGUCUAACAUUAGUUCAGACUAUGGUUACUCUGCUCGUGACAUUGCUAACUUCCAAGAAGCAAACCUGGCUCAGUACAGUGCUACCACUGCCAGGGAGAUUAGCCGGAUGUGUUCAGCACUCAAUUCCAUCGAUCGGUAUGGAAGCAACCCAGACUUGAUGCAGUUUGGCACUUUGGGGAGAGGAACUGGGCCUGGGUCCUCCAGACUUGUAGCAGGUCUUGGCAUGAGACAAAACCUGCUAUUUGGACUUGAUGGGAAGCCAAUAUCCCACAGUCAAGCACUAACCAACCUUAUCAAUGCCAGGCAGGCCAGUCUCAGAGCCAUGUACCCUGCUGCUAUUAGGUCUUCUGAUGGUAUGAUCUACUCCACCAUUCAGACCCCCAUUGCUUCUACACUUCCCAUUACAACCCAACCUGCAUCUGUUCUUCACCCACUUCUGCGUGGGGUCUACAGGCCAUACCCCUCUGCCAAUAUGACACCUGUGCCCCUAUCUAGUCUUACCAGACUCCCUAUGAGCCCAAGAAUUCCUGUAUCUGGACAAGCUCUAGUCCGUUACCCAGCACCAGGUCUUCUCCAAACAACAUCAGCCACUGCCACUACUGAUGGUGCUGCAACAGCAUUAGCACCAGUAGGUGCCCCAGUGUCUGUUUCUAGUAGCUCUACAGUCCAGGAUGAACCCGUUUACCUUGGUAAAGGUGCCACAUUGACUUCAUCAUCAGCAGAAAUCACCUCAAUAGUAGGAACAGUUGUAAUACCAACACAACCACAGCAGCAGCAGCCAAUAAACCUGUCACAGGCACACCUGCACAGUCAACAACAACAACAACAACAACAACAACAACAACAACAACAACAACAACAACAACAACUGACAACUGCUCAGCAGCAACAGCCGCCUCCUCCAGCAGCCCAUGCCUAUCCUCCCUCAGGUCCUUCACACACCCACGGCUACUCUCAACCUCCACUAGGCCCGUCUGCCCCUUCUGGUGGUUUGCCAAUUCCAGGGGGUCUUCCUCCCUUUCCUCCACCAGGUGCCAUGCACAAGGAGGGUGAAACAGAGGCAGAGAGGCUGCAUCGGCAGCAGGAGCAGCUCCUACAGAUGGAGAGGGAGCGUGUAGAGCUGGAGAAACUCCGGCAACUGCGCCUGCAGGAGGAGCUGGAACGGGAAAGGAUUGAGCUAAAGCUGCACAGGGAGAAGGAGCAGAUGCUGGUGCAGAGAGAGUUACACGAUCUGCAGUCCAUCAAGGAACAGGUUCUGCAUCAGCAGCAACAAGAACGUGAGAAACAACUUGUUCUCCAGAGGGUGCAGCUGGCUCAGCAGAAGUCCCAGCUUGACCAGAUCCAGUCAUUACAGCAUCAGCUCCAGCAACAGCUCGAAGAGCAAAAGAGACAGAAAACUGCUGUAACUCACGGCAUGCCGCUGGACAUAAACGGACAGCCCCUGCACCCCCACAAUGACUCUCAGAUAGGCUCCCGGUCCCUCCCCAACUCCUCAUCAGAGAUGUGUCUGAGGAGCCAGGAGGAGCACAUGGAGACCAGGAGUAACAUGAGGAAGCACAGCUCCAUGACCAGGCUGAGCAGGGACAGCCUGGACGGUGAUGGCGUGGUCUUCUACGGCUCCCCCCGCAGGAUUGUGGACAGCUGUGUGCAGACAGAUGAUGAGGACGGAGAAGAGAGGUACAUGAUGCGUCAUCGCACCAGGAGGCGCGGUCGCAGUGUUGACUGCUCCGUCCAGACAGACGAUGACGAGGACAAAGCUGAGUCGGAACACCCGGUCCGCCGAAGACGUUCCCGUUUCUCCCGGCACUCAGAGUCCAAUGCUACUGGCAGUAGCACUGCGGCCUCAAACAGUACAUCCAGUACAACCGACACUCCCAAGAUGGUGUCAUCCAGCAUCGCUGUCCAGACCAUCAGGGAAAUGUCUUGCCAGACAGAAGUAGAGCACCUAGGGAGAGUCUCCCCAGCGAUCCAUGUGACAGUACCAGACCCAAAUAAAGUAGAGAUUGUGCACUACAUCUCUGGACCUGAGCGAACCCAAAAGGGACAGUCUCUAGCAUGCCAAACUGACCCAGAAGCCCAGUCCCAGGGUGUUGUAGCUCCACAGCUCAGUGUACCAACCACAGUCAGUCCAUAUUCUUCCUCUACCAGUACCGGAACACAACAAUCCAGUUCUGCGGACCUUCUAGCCCAGCAGCGCCAACAGCAGCACAUUGCAGCAAACGCAGCCAAGUUUGAGCGGCGUCGCCCUGACCCACUCGACAUCAACUACCAGCCUCACAACCACCUCCACAACGAGUCCAUCUCCAGCAUCAUCCGGCAGCAGCAGACAGUCCCCAAAUCUCCACAAGUCCUCUACUCUCCUGUCUCCCCAGUGUCCCCUCACCGCCUGCUGGAGACUUCUCUCUCCAGUGAGCGGCUGAACAAGGCCCAUGUCACACCACAGCAGAAGUCCUACACAGCCGAGUCUCCCCAGCGCCACCCAUCUGUGCCCCGACCCAUCAAGAGCACCCAAAGGUCCAUGUCAGACCCUAAGCCCCUCAGCCCCACCACAGACGAACACACCAAGGUCAGGCUGAACCUGUAUCAACAACAAGCACUCCAGAGCCAGCUGGCAGCCCUACAGCAGAGCUCACUUCUCCGAAAGGUCAAGCGAACCCUGCCCAGUCCUCCUCCGGAGGAGACUACUGCAGCCGCUCAUCUGCCCAUGAUGACACCCGCCCUUCAACAGGUCUACCUGCCCUCCGUGCCCAGCCUCAAGCCAAGCUCCAGGUCUGGUCUGGCAGCUAAAGCCAGCCUCCUCAAAGACCUCACCCACGAGCUGAAGGCCGUGGAGCAAGAGUCGACCAAGCUGAGAAAGCAGCAAGCUGAACUGGAGGAAGAAGAGAAGGAGAUUGACGCUAAACUGAGAUACCUUGAGCUGGGGAUCCACCAAAGGAAAGAGACACUGGUCAAAGAGAGGGAGAGGAGAGAUAUUGCUUACCUUAGGUGUAUGGGGGACACAAGGGACUAUAUGUCUGAUAGUGAGUUGAAUAACCUACGUUUAGCAGCUGCAGCUGCAUCACAUGAGACCAAUGGACUACUGACGAGGCCAAGCACUGCCCCUCUCAGCCAGUUCACCGGCGAUCUGAACACAGCAGCCCAGUACCCACCCACCUCGUCCUUCCUCUCUUGUCAGUACCCCCAGAGCCAACCUGCAGCACCUUCUCAACAAUCAAGUGUGCCAUACCAGUCCUCAACAUUCAACCAGCCUCCCUAUCCAACAGUGUCCCAGUCCCAGGCACUGCCACAGCCCACACCCCUCCAGAGCCACAUUCCUCCUCUAGGACCUUCAUACCAAUCUCAAACCUCCUAUUCUUCCCACACCUAUCCCCAAACUCAGCCCCCUUACCCCCAGACAGACAUGGGGAUUCCAGCUGCACCUCAGCCACAGCCUGGGCAAACAGGUUUUGGGCCUGCACCACCUGGUCAGCCUCCAUACCCCACCCACAGCUCACCUUAUCCCAGCGCUGUGUCCUACCCCAGCCAGACCACUCCAUACCCUGGGCAGCCCCAAGCUGAUAUCCUGACAGUCCAUCCUGGAAGGCCCAGGCAGACUUCACUUGCGGAUUUGGAGCAUAAGAUGCCCACCAACUACGAGACGAUCAGCAACCCCACGGUCGUGGUCACCACCACGGCCCAGGAUGCUACCUAUUCCAGUGCAGCCCCCUCUUAUGGUCAGUACACUGGAACGACAACCAUGGCCAGCUCAUAUGGGCCCUAUGGCUCAGCACCAGUGUCCAGUAGCUACGGUGGGUACUCUACCAUGCCACCCAGCACUUAUGGGCCAUAUACUUCAUCAUCAGCUAGUGCAUAUGGCCAGUACACAACAACCACCGCUAAUACUUAUGGCUACACUACCACCACAGCCAGUUCGUAUGGACAGUACACCUCUACAGUUUCUAAUGCUUAUGGGCACUCUGUAGAUAGUCCCUCAACCUACAACACAGCAGAGGGGAUGUACGGGGCUCCUGGCUUAGAACAAAACAUGCCAAGAAACUACAUGAUGAUCGAUGAUGUUAGUGAGCUGACGGCAAAAGACGGGCUGGGCACGACGACAGUGGACAUGAUACAUCAUGGCGGUAGUGGGCGUUACCCGGGCGACAUCCACAGCCACAGCAGCACCAUUGGCAGCACGACGCGUGGGGGAACUAGCAGCUCCUCGUACGGCAGGGCACCUGAGGAGGAAGCAACGAUGCAGGAAGAACUGUACGACCACCACGGCAGGGCCUACCAUCUUGGCCAGGAAGAAACUGACUGGUUUGAGAAGCCACGCUCCAGUUCUCGACACUACGGCAGCAGCCAAUCGACUGGGAGAAGCCGGCACAAUGUCAAACACACCUACCAUGAUUAUGAUGAGCCUCCUGAGGAGGACCUGUGGCCCCAGGAUGAGUAUGGCCAUGGCGGACGACACUCUACACCCCGUGACCACCGGCCUCACGGCAGCUCAAGUCGACACUCGUCCUCGUCACGUCAUUCAGAUGAGCCAAGGUCUUCAAGGUCAACUAAGGGGCACCCCAAAGACCCGUCAGUGAGACAUGAACCUUCAGGACGGUCGUCAUCUACAGGAAGGCGUGGCGAGUCAAGGUCCGGGGGGUACCAAUCUUCAGAAUACUCGCGGGAUCCGUCUGGACACCAUCACGGCCAGCGAUCCUCCAGACAGGGAGACCCACACAGAUCUUCACGCAGCAAGUCCCAGCCGCCAGUGGACAUGCAGGGCCAACCACCAGGCUCCUCCAGGUCUGGCAGCAGCUCUGCCCGGGCUCAGGGCCCCGCAGGCGGACCUACGGGAUCAGGGCGACAGGGCGGUCCUGGCUCCCAGACAGAUGGGGGACCAGGACAGAGGGCCCAGCUCCAACAACAAGCCCAGACAUCAGCGGCCAGGCCAGGGCAGCCUGGUUCCGCAGCAACCACUGGCCCUCUGCAGCAGACCCCAACACAGGGUCAAGGCAUGGGCAUGGGCAUGGGGCAGGGCCAGGUCAAGCCAGGGCAGAUGGGUCCAGCAGGUGGACCCAUGGGUCAGGCCAGGCAGACGGGUCCGGCAGGAACCACGCCAGUAACCAUGGCCAAGAUCGACACUCCUCCGGUAACAGCUAUUGGAGCAAAGGCAGCGCCUGUCAUGGCUUCAAAAGCAGCCCAGCCCCUACUCACAGGCAUAGGCUCCAAGGCAGGUCCUAGACCCGGAGGUAUUGGCAGUGCAGCAGCAGGUCAGCCUGGCAUGGAGGGAGACAGCAUUAUGUCCAAGAUCCUGCCAGGAGGAGCCGCUGAGCAGGCCGGCAAACUGGGAGACGCUAUCUCCGGUUUCGGCAAGAAGUUCACCUCUUUAUUCUGAGGUGCCCACAUUAAGGACUAUGUAAAUGUCAACUGAUGAAGUCAUGAGGCCUCGUACCAGAAAAACCUGUGACGUUCCCCCUGCUUUUGUUUUACUAAAAGAGAGAGAGAGAGAGAGAGAUGGAGGAGAGAGGGGUGUUGGGGGAACAGAGAGAAGAGCUGAGAAAACUGCCAACACGGACUGGGAUCCUCCAGAUACUUCAUGUCUCAGGCCUGAGCAGAGGCUGACAGAGAGAAGCCGCUGCUCUCUCUGACGGGCCAGACAAUCAUUCCAAGAUCCAACGUCCAUCCUCAGAAGGGCAACCCUCAGUCAUCCAGCAGGCCCCCAGCCAAAGACACCACAGCGGAGCCCCUCUAACCGUCCUGUAGCGGCUGGACACAUCUGCGCCUUUACACUUAAAAAGAGAAACCAGUUGCCACACAUUGGCAGCAAAAUCCAAAGAAGCUGGUUUUCCUUUUUGCUGCUCUAUCUCCAGAAGUGGGAUCUGUACUUACAUCACGGAGACCUACGCAGAACCACUGGAGUCCAUGCACCAACUUCCACAUGGAUUUAGCUCUGCAGCUACAAUGAAGGAAGUUAGAGGGGCGAUUCUGUUCUGCUCCCGUAGACGACUCCACCGUUUAAGAGCUGCUUUUUUCUGCUAACAGCCAACAGGAAAUGGCAGCUUUACAGGCACGGUGGCGUGUGAGGAUCCAUUGUUUCACAGUCCUGUGCUCAAACGAAGAAUAACAGCAACCAACCAGCCUCUCUCCUCUUUUCUAUCUCAUCUCAAAGAAAAAAGUAAAAUAAAAAAAAAGUGUGGGAAUGGAAUAAAAAAAUCCUGCAGGUUUUUCUGGUACUAAAGACCUCACCCGGCGAGAAGGAAACUGAGUAAAUGGAAAUGUCACAUUGAAUGAAAUGGACAGCGAUAACGAUGUAGCCGACACAGAGAGCGAGUGUGUCGGCGUGCGUUUCUUUCCACGGUUCGCUCUGUUUCUAUUUACAUUCCAGAUUGGAACUGUGAAAACCUUUCGCUCCCCCCCCUCUUCCUCACCUCCCUGCGUUUUCUUGAAUGCUGAUUCUUCUUCUUUCUUUCUAAUCCCCGCCCAACAACCCUCAACCUGCCAUGUCUUUAAAAAGAAGUGUAUAGUGGAUUUACAAAAACCAAGAAAAUAUGUAGGAAUUUGGAAUGCAUGGAACUUUAUAUCUAAGACCUUACACUGUUCAUCAUUACUUAACCGAGGCCAUAAAGACACGGGGAAAUGAAUCCGAGCUGGACGACGUAAAUAAUAACGAAGAGGAGAGAUUACUGAAGCAACAAGGGAACAUGGCCACAGGAGUAAGAAGAGCCUUUUGUUUUGUUGUUGUUCGUUUUUUCUUCAUUCUGUUGGAGUGAAGCCGUACGUGGUCGGGUUGUUUUUCAGCCAUUACAAAGCCAUUAAAACCACAUUUACCUGCAGCGCUUGUGGCGACGGGAUUUCUCCAACUGCUCCACAACAUGUGGCUCUCAGACAUCUCUCAUGUUGUUAACAUUAGUUCUCUUUACUCAUUCUCAUUUAGUUUUUCUUAUCUGCCGGUUGUUUAUGUUGCAGGUUACCAAUAUCGCCUUAAUCAUUUCCAAAGUUUUAUUUUGAAGUAAAUCUUUUUUUUAUGACAUCCCUUAAACACAUAUUUUCAUCAUACUAUUUAUUUUUUAUGUAGUAGUGUCAGCUGGAACACUGGCCACGGUGAGAUUAAUUUAUACUUUUUAAAAGAUCUUUGUUUUUGAUAGUUGUUUGUGAUAUUAUUUUUGAUUUAUUUAUGUUCGGUAAUGUUUUGUUCGCUUCAUCGAGUCCCCCUGUCUAUUUCCUGACUCUUAUUUAUGAUCAAUAAUUAUAAAAGCAAUAGAGUAAGAGGUGGGAAAGUGAAGAGCACAAUCUUGUGUCAUUUUAAAAGUCGCUGGAUCAGAAAUGUGUUGCCUCCGUCUGUCUAACUCACCACAGAUGUAAGACUCAAGUUUGACUUUAAGCAUACGACAACACGUACGCCAACAUUGUACUAAUACUGCUGUACUAAUACAUCCGAGAGCAGGAGCUUGUCUAUAACCUACGAGUUUGGAACCGCCCAGAUCUUCUCCUCCAACCAACAGUGAGACACUGAUGUCGUCAAUCGGCCAGUUGGAUGGGAUGAGUUGUUUGUUCUGGCCGAAUGGAGCCUAAUCUGAACGCACUGCAGGGCAGCAGAGAGGCACUGAAAAGCAGACCAGUCACACACCCCGGCAGAACUGGACUCAGCAUCGUCACCUGACGGGGGGGUUUGGGUUUUUACGUGAUAUGUCCCCCAAUAUGGAGGUUUAUCAGGAGUCUGCAAAAAAAAAAGCCCCACCAAGCUCCUUGCACAUCAGAGUGUGUCAGCAUGUGUGUGUUCAGUCUGUCAAAUGUGCACAGCGCACGGGAAAGCACACUCAAUAAUGGUGUCAAAAAAAUGAAAAUGAAAAAAAAAAAAAAUCAGCACUUAUGUGACUGAGGAACCAAAAACAACACACUUGGUUGUGUCACAAAGUCACUUGCCUUUUUUUAACUUUUCAUUUUCUAUCGUGGUGGCGUCCAGACCUGAAACCCAACCCCCGAAAAACCUCUCUCUCAGACUGUCAGUUGUCAUGGAAACUUCUCAGGUCAGUGUUCUCCCUGCUGUCGAUCCUGCAGUGCAUUGUGGGAUCUGCGGUUCAGUACUCAAAAGCGUACUCUCUGUCGGGCCAAACGUUGCAAGGCCUUCAGCAAAACCAACGAACCAACCGACUUCUGCUGUAUAUUGUCUGUGUGAACGCUCGCUGGGAACCUUCGCAUGCCCCCCGGCGCAGAAAACCUCAAAGUCACCUCGAUAUUGUUCUGUUCCUACUGUUUGUAUGUAUGUGUGUGGGGGUCUGUGUGUGUGUUAUUUAACCACCAUCAUCCGAUGUGGAAAAGAAAAGAAAACAAGACGAACACAAGCUCAAACACAACAAAUAUGGUGGGCAGAAGAGGCGACCUCUCAUCUCCAGUCGUUCUAUGCAAUCGAUCAUAUUUGGAAAAACCGAAGCAUGAGGAGGGCGAAGGAAGGUUUAACACACAAAUGGGAAAAAAAAGGUCACAAAUCAUUGUUUAUCACACCAGAGUUAUUUUGGCUCGUAGAUGAAAAUAAGGAGAUUCUGUCAAUUUGUUUGUGUGUAACUUAAGUCACCUGUAAAUUUACUAAGAGAGGUCAAUGUGUUGUGUUUACCUGGCAUGUUCAGGGUCCCCUCUCCUUUUCAAGUGGGUCUACGGCCAAAUGGCCUGUCACUAAAGGUGUGUUCAUGACAGUUGGGAAAGCAGAGUUUUAUGGUUUGAAAACUCGCUUUGUUAUUCCCCUUGAAAAUGAUCCGUCGAACAAAAGGUGCAAUAUGAUAUGCAGUUGCCACAUUUACUGUUUUUAUAUUUGAGUUGUUGUGCAGAAAAAAAAUGUUAGCAGGAGCAGUGAGCAGCUGUUGGCCAUUUUGUUUUGUUAUGUUUAAAGCAGGGUUAAUACUCACACAGAAAAGUUGUUCAAAGAAUUAUAUAGAUAUAAAUAUAAAUAUGAAUAUUGAAUAUAUAUAAAACAGAUUUGAAUAUAUUCCCUGAUAUGGUUGGUGUCUGCUCAGAGAUGAAGAAAAGCUCAAACAAACAUAUUUUCAUCCCACGGCCCAUAAUUCACAGUAAUUAGCUUCCUGAAUGUAAACUGGUUGUUAUUUUUUUGCAAAGAAAAAAGAUAAUUCAAAUAUAUAGGUAUUGAUAAUAUACACGUCUAUAGAUUAUAUUUGACUAGAAGUACUACUGUAUGAUGCACGUGAAGCAGUCUUUGAGGCGAUCCUAAUCACAGUGAAUUGAUGCGAGAGUGAGUUUGUGUUUGAGUGUUUAAAGGUGCACUGCCACGACACGCUAACAGAUACGAUUUAUUAAGUAGAUUGUGCAAAGUAAAAAUUUCUGUACCUCAUAAAAUUUAAAUCUUUUUUUUUUAGUUUGGUAGCGGCACACUAUGAAAAGGGAAUUAUAAAGAUGCUAUUUAUGAAAAUUCAGAUUAAAAUAAAAGUUUAUGCAGUAUGAAAACAUCCCAUAACUCCUCUAAAAUUGUUUUAUUUGAGCACAGCUUAACAUGCCAGCGGAACAGUGUCAAAGAGGUUUAGUAUAUAAAUAUAUUUUUUGUGAAACAUUUAUCAGAUGAUUUUAUCUAUGUGAGAAUUUAUUUUAUCGUACUGAGAGGGAAUUAAAGGCUGCUGGGAUUUCAGAGAGAAGAGAGAUUUAGGUUUAAUAUCUAUAGACACAUAGAAGAAGUGAGAAAUUAUGUUUAUACAGAUGUUAUCUACAGCUGGAUUCAUGCAUGACCAAAAUAAUCAGAUUGUUAAAAGUCAGAAGCUGAGGUUAUAUUUUGAAGUCUGGAUAAACAGAAACAUUAGUCAGUUUUACCUCUGAAAUUCCGAUUGGUGGAUGUCUAAAAAUAAAUUUUCUGGUUUUUGUUUAACAAAGGGAAAUGCUAGUGUGCUCUCAAUUGACUGGAUAUUUCUAUACUUUAGAUAAUAAUAAUUGUCUUCAAUAAGAAUGCAGAACAUGUUAGAAUUAACCUUGAGUCAGAGCUUCUGUAGAGUUACGUUCAGGGGCAGCAUUAAGAGUCUGAUUAUUCUGGUUCUAGUGGCCCUAACAAACAUCGCUGCAGAGGUACACACUGCCACCAGACGACUACUGACUUCACCACGGUGGAUUUAAAAUUAGACAUUUUAGACAUUUUCAAAGUAGAACCAAUAGUGUGAGCGAAAGUUUAAAGUUGCCCAAACGAAUAACCAAGUUCCUCGAUUGUUUGUAACAACUAAAAUGUUUCAUAAAAUGUUCCUCAAUCACUUUUGCCUCAGGAAAGCACACCACUAAAUGCAGCAUCGCAACGGAGACGUUCAAAAGACAAGAGAAAAUAAUGGUUGGGAUUUACGCUGGAGCAAUACCUUGGAUUUUUAACACUUGGCGGCACAGAUGUGACCUUCCCCUGGCUGCUGAGAAACAAGAGACUCUUAAUGUUUGAAUGACACAGCCAGGAACACAUGAAUAAUAAGAUCUGUGUCAAAACGUGUUCAAAAUGUCACUUUUGAAUUUCCGCUCCAGUGUAAAUGCAGCGGCUGAAGGUGACUUAAAUAUGCAUAGCAGCAAGGGCUUUUAUACAACAAUACUGGUCAGUGAAGAAAGCCAUCCUGUUACUGCCCUCAAGCCAGUCGUGGUCUCUGUCUAUACUGUGCAAGGUGUCUGUCUAUACCCGGGAACACAAUGGACUUCAGGUCAGACCACAGCAAUCACCAGUGGGCAAAAUCGCAGAGCCACAGUCUGGUUUUUCCAAAGGCGUUCAAAGCCCCAAAACAAAGACAAUAAGAAUCAAUAAACACCUUUUAGAGUUGUGUUCCAAAACCACGUCCAAAACAGACUCAGUUAGGAUCUAAAAUUCUCACACUUUUUUUGGACAUUUUGGAACAGAACUCUCAGUUUGCAAGAGAACAAUAGAGAAAGUUGCUUCCAUCAACUCUGUUUCAUGUUGCAUCGGUUGGCACUGAUCUGCUGCAAGGUCGACAUCAAGAGGUCACGUGACAAACGCCACAAGAGUAAAAAAGCGACGUCUUUGUCGACUGAUUUAAAUGCGGCUCCGAAUGCUUUUGGAAAAACCCAGACUGUGUGUGUGUGUGUGUGUUUGUGUUCUCAACCAAAUAGCAUACAGAGCUCGUGCAGUACGUAGAGUAAUAUCAGUCACCACUGCUCGCGCUGUUACAGACAAGUCAACAUAGAGCAGGACCGGAGAAAGAUUUUAAAAGUGAAAUAUAAAUGUAUAUUUAUAUAUACAUUCAAAUAUAUAUAAAUAUAUAAAAAAGUUAGUGUUUUAUAGGUAAGAGGUUGUUUAAAAAAAAAAGAGAGCAAGAAUGCUGACACAAACAAAACCAUGAGAGAGAAGCCACCAGGCCCAUCCCUCACUGUAAAACCAUCAGGGAGCGUUUAUUUCAUAUUUCACCUGUAACCAAUCAUCAGAGUAAGAAUUACAAGUGCAUGAGCUGGACACCCCCCUCCUCCCGCUCGCCCUCCCCCACUCACCCCUUAACCGUCCAAAACCUCCUCUCUGACCUCCCACCUCACGGGCUGCCAUCUUUUUUUCCAGUGUAAAUACCAGACGAGAGCCGACCGCGAGUCUGCUCCAACAGACAAAUAAACGUGUAAAUGCCAUGAGGGACAUGUUCUGUACAACAUGUGUAAAUCUCAAAACACGCCAACACACCACAACAGACACACACACAUGCACAGGGACACGAGAGAGCGCGAGGCCUUUGCACACCACACGCCGACUCAAGCUGGAGCGUAUGCAAGCCUGAAACCUCCCGGCCCGAAUAUGUGCUUUUUUUGUGUAUAAAAAAACAUCACAAAAACCUACAUAACAAACAAGAGCAGUUGUCGAUUUGAUUAAUAAAUUACAAAAAUCGCAUUGUGUACGUAUGUGGCUGGCUCGUGCGGACUGUUUAAAGCUCAUUAAAUAAAGUUGUAUUCGGAUAUUUAAAAAAAGAAAAAAACAUUGGUCUGUGUAGAGUUUCUAUACAUGUUGUGUUUGUAAAAUGAGAUGAUAUCAAAAACAUAAAAAAAGGGAAAAUAUUCUGGCUUCCAUGUAAUUUUUUGGGGUUGGACAGCAGAUAAUUUUAUGGGGAGAGAGUGAUUGGGCAAUGGAGAUGUGUAAUAAAAAAAAAAAACGAACCCAAGUGAAUGAUGAAAAGGGUGAAAAUAUAAAAGAGAAGAAGCUCGAGAGCCUGAAAAUGACAACAAAGUGUUCCAUUCACUGUUGUAAGUGCAAUGAGCUAAAUUUCCUGUUUCCCCAUUGUAAAACCUUGUGUAUGUUUCCGUGUAUUCCUCCUGUAAAUGGGUGUAGUAGACCUGGUGCAUCAUGCCAUGUAAUGUGAUGAAUGACAAAUUAUGACCUUACAAUACAUUUCAAUCAGGAAAAAUAAAUAAAAGACAAAUACAGAAAAAAAAA